AUGGCGGCCAACGGAAACUUCACGGCGCAGGAACAGUACAAGGGCAAUGCCGAUCAAUCGUCCGUCGCUGCUGCCACUGAUUCCUCCCCCUCUUCGGCUUCUAACGCCAACCUCAGUAAGGAUGAGGUCGGUUGGUACUUCGUUGAGCAGUACUACACCACCCUGAGCAAGACGCCCGAGAAGCUUCACCUCUUCUACGGCAAGCGCUCCCAGUUCGUCUACGGCAAGGAGGCCGAGGUUGCCACAGUGUCCGUCGGUAGAAAUGCCAUCCAGGAGCGUAUCAAGGAGCUCGACUUCCAGGACUGCAAGGUCCGCGUCACCAACGUCGACUCUAUGGCCUCGUUCGACAACAUUGUCAUCCAGGUCAUUGGCGAGACCUCCAACAAGGCUGCUGAGCCCCAGAAGUUCGUCCAGACCUUCGUCCUCGCACCGCAGCCUUCCGGCUACUUCGUCGUCAACGAUAUUCUGCGCUUCGUCAACGAGGAAGGCGAGGAGGAGGCCGUCGUCGAGACCCAGGAGGAGCAAGUGAACAUUGAGCCCAGCCCCCCCGCCGCUGAGGCCGAGAAGGCCCCCGUCGAGGCUGAGGAGGAGACCAAGGAAGAGGCUGCCAUUGAUGCUGACGAGGUCGAUAAGAAGCUCGAGGAUUCCGUCGAGGAGACUGCCGCCAGCACUGACGAGGCUGCUAGCAAUGCUGACGAGGCCAAGGCCGAGGAGCCCGUCGAGGCUGUGCCUGAGGCUGCCGCUGAGACGAACCCGGAGGCUGUUGCCGCCGAGGUUGCGCAGGACGACGUCAAGGAGGCUGAGAAGCCUGCCGACCCUAGCCCGACGCCUGUUGCUCCUCCUGCCAAGGCCGAGAAGCCUGUUGCCGCUGUUCCUGCCAAGCACAUGUCUUGGGCCAGCCGCGCUGCCGCUGCUGUCGGACCCAAGGCCGCCGUCCCCUCCCCAAGGCUGCUGUUCCCGCCGCGAAGUCGGCUGCCCCGCUUCAGCUACUCCUGCCGCUACCGCCCUUGCAGCGGCAUCCCCUCAGCCCAGCGACGCAAGAACUGCGCUUUUGUCGAGUUCGCGACCGCCGCCGGCUACCAGGCCGCCGCCGCCGCUAACCCCCACACCGUCAACGGCGAGACAAUCCACGUUGAGGCCCGCCGUCCCAAGGCUGGCGCAUACGGUGGCAGCAACUACGCUUCCGGACUUGGCGGCGCUCCCAGCCGCGGACGCGGCGGUUUCGAGGGCCAGCGCCAGGGAAGCCAGGGCGGUGGCCGUGGCAACUUCACCGGCGGACAGGGCCGUGGUCGGGGUGCUCCCCGCGGCCGUGGCGCCUCGCAGGCUGCCACCAACGCUUGA